UCUUCAUUUCGUAAUUCUCCUUUCACCAUCGUCCAUGGUUAUGGUUAUGGUUAUGGCUGCUCUUGCAAAACGACAGCUGAAAUUUGGGAUCUUUUUAGCUUUCAGUUCCAGCUGAUCAUGAUCAUCAUCUGUUAGUUAUACUGCAGGCCAGAAAUCUAAUUUGCUCAAAAAUUUAUAUGUUUUGCGGUAUCUGCAAGGAGGGGAGGAUUACAUCCAAGUUAAUUAUGAGUUACAGUUGAUAUGAAUAUUUCGAAUUUAAGAGAAUCGUCAGAUGUUACGCGAAAACAAGAAGGCACGAAUUCGAAAGAUGGUAGCAAGAUUAGCCCUAAACCUAAUUUGACGACAUCAUCGUGGACAAAAUUGAAAGAUCCAAGAAUCGUUCGAGUUUCAAGAGCUUUUGGUGGGAAAGACCGACAUAGUAAAGUUUGUACGGUGAGAGGGUUAAGGGAUAGGCGAGUGAGACUAUCGGUUCCGACUGCUAUUCAAUUGUACGAUCUUCAAGACCGACUCGGGCUUAAUCAACCGAGUAAAGUUGUUGAUUGGCUGCUCGAUGUGGCUAAGCAUGAAAUCGAUGAACUCCCCCCUCUCCAAAUGCCAUCCGGGAACUAUGGUCAAGGGCUUCAAGCAAUGAUCAAUCUUGCUUCUCAUCCUGGUAUGAUUAGUACCCCUCAGAUACCUGAGAAUUCUGAACGGCUGAAAACCAAUACAAAUUGGGAGGAUUACUGGAAUCCCGAUAAAUCUAAGGAGAAAGAUGAUUAUCCGGGAAGCAAGAACGAUCAUGAUCAUGGGGCGCCGAUCUUACUUCAAUCUAGUAAUUCAUCUAUGUUCACAAAUGGUGUGCAAACUGGUUCUAUCCUCAAAUGGAAUCCUUCAAAUUUAUCUUUGUCACAAUUCGGAAGCUAUGGAUCGAUGGCAACUCAUCAACACGAAGAUACGCUUAACUUCAACAUCAACGUAUCCGGAUCUCAACUUCUUGCCUACCCACCACCGUCUCACGAUCACCAUAAACAACUAAACUUAGAGAUGUUGAGCCCUUCUUCUUCAAGCUCUCAUAAUCCUUUAUCUUCAUCUCUAUAUACAAUCAAUCAAGGGAUGAGGCCUUUUCACUUGAGUAUGAACCCUAAGAUGUUUCCUUCUCAAGAAGAUGAACCCGACAAGGGAAAUUGACAUCAACACCCGUAAAACCAAGUGCAAACCUCGAUGGCUCGUAAUUCUUUUUUAUGAUUCUCUUUUCGCCUACGUUCUUAACUAAUAAGAUCGACCACGACUUCGUCUUAUGGUAUGUUUUGGAAUUCGUUUUGUUCACUCGAUAAAUGAAUACAGAUCAGAAACGAAAAAAAGCCUGUAGCUUGAACUUCUGAUUGUAAGAAUCUUGAUAUUUUCUCUACUCUUUCUUGAAGUACUUACAUUAAUUGGUUUCAUUCACAGAUUU